AUGAAAAUGUUUAAGCUUUGUACCCUCCCGGGAUACACCUGUAAGUUACAACUAUAUUCUGGUAAAAAUGAUCAAAUGAUCACAACACCAACAAUUGUUGUAAUGUCUCUCUGUGAUGACAUAUUAAACUUGGAUCAUGCAAUUGCCACCGACAAUUGGUAUACCAAUUUGGACUUGGCAAAUCAACUAUUGAACCACGACACGCACCUAAUUGGAACAAUUAGAAAGAAUAGAAGGGGUUUGCCAAUGGCAGUAGUCAAAGCCAAACUGGAAAAAGGCGAAUCCAUAGCUACGGAGAAUCAACGGGGUAUAACUGUUCUCAAAUGGAAGGAUAAGCGCGACGUCUUAGUGCUUUCGACGAAACACUCAAAUGGCAAACGAACAGUUCUAAAAAAAGGGAAAGCUAUUAAAAAACAAAAAAUUAUACUUGCCUACAAUGAAACAAAAAGUUCAGUCGAUAUGAGUGAUCAAAUGACUUCAUAUUCAUCACCACUCAGAAAAACUGUGAAGUGGUACAAAAAGCUGGCCAUUGAGCUUUUUUUAAACACAUCGCUGGUGAAUGCUUGGAUUAUGUAUAAAGAGAACAAAAACACUAGUCAGGGUAUAGUGCAAUUCAGGCGUCAGUUAGUCGAGUAUCUUGUGGAUUCAGGAGUCGAUAAAGAAAAUUGUGAACAACAGCAGGAGAGACCUAAAAGAAUGAAACACGAAUUGCUGAAAAGAGAGGGAUCUGUUGCUAAAUUGUUUCUGCGUCGGUUGCUAGAAAGAAAAUGUUAA